UCUUGAGCUUUGGUGAUGGAGAGUCCCCCGGAGACCAUGGUUGAAGAGAGAGAAGAGCACAUGGUUUCACCUACGGGAGGAAACCCAUUUCGUAAAAAAGCCUACUUUCUAAUACCAACCUUGCCAUCUUCCAUUGAUGUACCUCCCUUUGAGCUCCCUCGUUGCUUUUCCUCCUCCCUCCCAACCCAUUUUGAACCAAAGGCAUGGCAUUUGAAUGUUGAGUUCUAUGGAUGGCGAUCUAGCCAAGAAAAAUGGAAAACUUGGGUUGAUCAAAUGGCACCUGUGCAUCAUGAAAAAUGGAAGGAGGCUGGUAUAUAUGAAGCCAUCAUUAGUUCAACAUACGAAAUAAGAAAAGUUGCCAACUUGGGUGAUGGAUUUGCUGAGAAAUGGUGUUCGGAGACCAAUACUUUCAUUUUUCCAUGGGGUGAAGCAACCAUCACAAUGGAGGAUGUUAUGGUUUUGGGAGGUUUCUCGGCUUUGGGGGCCUCUGUUUUAAGCCCUCUGCAGACCAAACAAAUGAAAGAAGUAGGAGAGAAACUCAUUGAGGGGCAAAAAGAAAUUUACAGCAGUGGGAAGAAAGCGGUUACCAAAAGCUUGUGGCUGAAGAAGUUCAUGAACAGUGGGAAUGAAUUCGAGCACGAAGCAUUUCUUGCCUUUUGGUUGUCCAGGUAUGUUCUUGUUGGUUCUCGUAAUUCAAUACAGAAUUCUGUUUUCUCUGUUGCAAUCCAUUUAGCUAGGGGGACCCGAAUUGCCCUUGCACCGGCUGUUCUUGCUAGCAUUUAUAAAGAUUUGAGCUUGUUGAAAAAGGCAAUUGUAGGCUUAAAAGAAUUAGAUUUCACCCUCAAGCUGAAGUCACCAUUUCAUUUAGUUCAGGUUUGGGCAUGGGAAAGAUUCUCAGAACUUAGGCCAGAAAACCCAAAUACUAUAAACUCUUCUGAGCCAAGAAUGGCUAGAUGGGAUAAAGUGAAUGGUGUGAGAGUUGAAAACUUAAGAAGGGUUUUAGACUCAGCCAGAGAAAAUUUCCUAUGGCGCCCUUAUGCCUUGGUCACUGAUAACUGGCAUUUCCCUAAAUACUAUCCACCAGAGGAAAAGUGGGUUUUGAUUGGACCUGAUUUGGAUGAUGAAUUGCUCUCAUUUGUGAGGUGCUUGAGGGCCAGUGAGCUAGUUGGACUUUAUACUAUAGAGCAUUACCUUCCACACCGGGUCGCUAUGCAAUUUGGAUAUGAUCAAGACCUUCCAUGUUCUGUUACUCGAGCUAACCGCAAUUCAGACACAGCCUGGGACUACAACAAGGAAAUCAAGAACGUAAAAUUGUAUCUUCCAUCUAGGCUUGUGGAGGCUGAUGUUACCACAAAGUACUUGAAAUGGUGGAAGCAAUCAGUGUCAGGUCUUGAAGAUGCAAGGGAAGCUGCUGUGCCACAAAAAAGGGGAAUAAUGAGUUCGAAAUGUUUGCUAUCGAGGGCAAACCACCCCUCUGUACCUCCUGGUUUUCCUCCCAAACGUAAGAGAAUGGAAGCUGGAGAUCCUAUUGAUGAGGACGAACAAAGUGUAUCACAGCUUUUGAAAUUUCGCAAGAAGCAUGAGAACUUUGGGAUUAUACAAGGCAGUGACAGUGAGAAAUUAUCAAGUCAAGCUCAACAUUUUGCAUCUCUAAUUGCACAAAAAAGCUAUGUUAAUACCAUGAAGUCAGAUGAGAACAUUGUAAACCUCGUCGGUGAUGAAUGUGCUAGCAGUAGUUCUUUAUUUCAGAAACGUCAGCUGGAGCUUGGAGAUAGAUUUGAAAGGCUCCGAACUAAGAUUGACGAGUUAAAGGCACAUAGAUUGGGGAACAAGGUUUAGGAAAAGCUUAUGAAAGAAGACCUCCUUUGAGUUGGGAAAAUGGAGGACGAGAAUCAAACUCUUGAAAUAUCAGAAACUUGGUCUUUUGUAUAUAUUCUAUGCAUAGCUUUUAACGCUGCUGGAAUCUUUUGGUAACAACUUAACCUGUUGAUCAAGGCCUUGAACCUACAUAGCACAUAGGCCAAUAGAUUUUGUAGUUACGAUCUUACUGAACAUACUACCUAACAAUGUGCUAUGUCAACCAAAGAAGUUAAUAGUUUUGUGUUUUAAUGACCAUGAAAACAGAAUUCUUGAGUCCACUUUUGUUAUUCAACCAUCUUCUGAACUUGUGGAGUUGAGCUUUUUGGUGGUGGUUUCAGGAAUUUUAGUCUUCUGUAUUUUCAUGGCACGAAGCUUCUUAAUCUAAGUAAGUACUGAUGUAAUUUCUCCAGCAGCUCUUGGAUACUAUUGUAAACUUCAGUUUUCGAAACAACUGAAUGGUGGAACUAUGUUUUUUCUAGUUACAAAUUUCAAUGGUUUUGUUGU